GAAUCGUUUCUUUUGUGUUGUGUCAACAUUCAAAAGUUGACACUACAAAAAAUUAGAUUUCUUUUUAUUGCAAAAGUUAACAUCAACAAAAAUGAGUAAUAUUUACAUCCAAGAACCGCCAACUUCGGGAAAAGUUUUGCUGAAAACCUCUGUAGGUGAUGUCGAUAUUGAACUCUGGACGCGAGAAUGUCCAAAAGCUUGUCGAAACUUUAUCCAAUUGUGCAUGGAAGGCUAUUACAAUGGAACAAUUUUUCAUCGUGUUGUUAAAGGAUUCAUUGUUCAAGGUGGUGAUCCAAAUGGGGAUGGAACUGGUGGAGAAUCCAUCUACGGUGCGCCGUUUAAAGAUGAAUUUCAUUCCCGUUUGCGUUAUUGUCGUCGUGGUCUGGUCGGAAUGGCGAAUUCAGACAUUGACGACAAUGCAUCACAGUUUUUCUUCACCAUGGCUGCAACGCCCGAGCUUCAAAAUAAGAACACACUAUUUGGAAAAGUUACUGGUGAUACGGUGUUUAACAUGUUGAAGCUGGAGGAAGGACUCGUCGAUCACAAUGAACGACCACUCUAUCCACACAAAAUCAUCAAAACAGAAAUUCUCCACAAUCCAUUUGAGGAUAUUGUUCCACGGACAACGAAGGCAGAGGCAAAAAAAGAGAAACGAAAAAAGAAGGAAAAGGGAGUUAAGAACUUUGGUUUGUUGUCCUUUGGUGAGGAGGCCGAAGAAGAUGAGGAAGAAAGCAGCACAUUUGCCCAGAAAAACGCCGGCAAAGCUAAAUCCCUGCAUGAUGUUGUUGAUGAUCCCAAACUAAGCAAAGAGGUGGAACGAAUAGAACGAGGAAACACACCUUCCGACAUUGAAGACUAUGAUGGUUUGCAAGAAGAUGAGACGAUCGAAGAGAAACUUGCAAAAAUCAAGAACAAAUUGCUAGCAAAAAAAGAGAAACAAUCUAAAAAGACAACUAAAGCUCUAGUUCCCGAUGAAGAAUUAGACUCCGAUGAAGAUACACUGAUGACAGUCGAUCGACAGAACGAAAUCGAUCAGAUUAAGAAAAAGGAAGAAAUUCAAAAAGAAAUUGAGACGCUAAAGAGACAAUAUCAAUCAGAUAAGAAAGCCAAAAAUAAACUACUAGAGCAGAAAAUCGAGAAAGAAAUCGAAGUAAAACCAGAGUCAUCAAAUGAAAUGGUCAAAGACUACAUCGAGGAAAAAGUGAAGUACACAACGAUGAAUCAAAAAUUGCCCAAGAAAGGGCCAACGAGAGAACAAUUCACUUUGGAUCUUCUAAAAAAGUUCCGAAAUAAGUUAGAGACUCUCAAGCAAAACACUGACUACAAGGACACUGAAGAAUCACUCAACGAAGCAAAUGUGGAAAAAGAAAUCCAAGGAGACGAUUGGUUGGCUCAUACCCUGCGAUUUGAACAAACUGCUCCAACUUUGGCAAAAGAUGCCUCAACGAAAUCCGACGAUUGGUACGAUGCCUACGAUCCAAGGAACCCCUUAAACAAACGCAAACGUGGCGAGACUCAGCGCAAUCAAUCUUCCUCAAAGAAAACUCGAUAGAUCAAAUUUGAAAUUGAUUUUUCUUAGAAAAAAAAAAUACACAAAUCUACUUUAUUAGUUAA